AUGGCUUUGAUUUCAGCCACCAUUUUUACACUUAUCCUUCUUGCUUGCAUCUUACAUUUAUUACUAUGCAAAAUCAAGGCAAAAAAUCUUCCUCCUGGUCCAAAAGGAUUUCCCAUUAUUGGUAGCAUCCAUUUAUUAAAAAAACUUGUUCAUAGAGAUCUUCAAAAAUUAUCUCAAACUUAUGGUCCCAUUAUGCACAUGAAAUUAGGGUUUAAAUCCACCAUUAUCAUCUCUUCUCCUACUAUUGCCAAGCUCUUCCUCAAAACCCAUGACCCUAUUUUUGCAAGUCGUCCAAUUUCUCAUACUUCCAACCAAAUGUCUUUCAACAGAAAAGAUAUAGCCUUUGCUCAAUUUGGCCCUUAUUGGCAUAAUAUGCGUAAAAUAUGUUCAUUUCAAUUGCUUACAUCUCUCAAAAUCGACUCUUUUUCAUCAAUUCGAAGGCAAGAACUUGGUUUGUUGAUUGAUCGUCUUCGAGAGGCUGCGAAAAAUCAUAGUAUUGUGGAUCUUAAUUCUCAAGUCUCUUCUCUUAUUGCUGGUGUGAUUUGUGUAAUGUUGUUUGGGAAGAAAUUUGUUGAUGAGGAGUUUAUGGCUGCAAUACAUGAAGUCACUUUCUUGGCUGGUGCUCUUAACUUGGGGGAUUUUAUUCCUUUUAUUGCCUUUCUUGAUCUUCAAGGAUUAGGUCGUCGUUCCAAAGCUAUUAGUAAGGCCUUUGAUGGAUUUUUAAACACGAUUAUCGAGCAACAUGUCGAGUUUAAGGACCAAAAUAACACUAAGAGUGGGCUUUUUGUGGAUGUUAUGUUGGAUCUCAUGAGGUCAGAAAAAACAAAGUGCCAAAUUGAUCGUACGAGUAUCAAAGGCGUAAUGUUUGACUUGAUUGUUGGAGGAGUGGACAGCACGAGCACCAUAAUCAAUUGGGCAUUAUCCGAGCUAAUCAAGCAUCCCCAAGUAAUGAAGAAAGUCCAAAAGGAAUUAGAAGAAGUGGUUGGUUUGAACAGAAUGGUGGAAGAAUCAGACUUGAACCAAUUGAAAUACUUGGAUAUGGUCAUAAAAGAGACCUUCAGAAUGCAUCCACCAAUUACAUUAAUCCCUCGCAAGUCCACCGAAGAUUGCAAUGUCAACGGCUACCAUAUUCCUAAAAAUACACACACAUUGAUAAAUGCAUGGGCAAUUGGACAAGACCCAAGUACUUGGUUUCAGUCUCAUAAAUUUUUUCCAGAGAGGUUUGUUGAUAGCCAAAUAGAUAUCAAAGGGAAAAAUUUUGAAAUGAUUCCAUUUGGAUAUGGUCGAAGAAGUUGUCCCGGAAUGCAAUUAGCGAUGACUUUGGUUCGAUUGAUUGUGGCUCAAUUGGUGCAUUGCUUUGAUUGGAAACUUCCAAAUGGUGCAUUGCCAAGUGAAUUAGAUAUGACGGAAGAAUUUGGUUUAACUUGUCCUAGAGCUCAAAAUCUUAGGCUCAUACCUACCUUUCAACUAACAAGUAGUAUCAGUAGCAAGACCAAGUCGAGCCACAGGGAGCCCAAGAUAAAACCUUUUUAA